CAAAGUGAGGAAGUGAAUUAGUGAGAGCAGGUUUAUGUGCAUGAGGCUGACUGCACUGAUAUCUCUCACACUGUGAAAAGGCUGCUGAACACUGACAAUGAGUGAGGAGCUCCCCCCUCUCAAUGGGCAUGGAGCGGAAGCUUUGUCCAAGAAACGGGAAGAUUAUUUGGAAUGGUGUGAAUAUUUUAUGGCUGUUGCAUUUUUAGCAGCUCAGAGAAGUAAAGAUCCCAGUUCCCAGGUGGGUGCAUGUAUUGUUAAUUCUGAGAACAAGAUUGUUGGAAUUGGCUACAAUGGGAUGCCUAAUGGUUGCCAUGAUGAUGUGCUUCCUUGGGCACGCACUGCUCAGAAUAAACUGGACACGAAGUAUCCGUAUGUCUGCCAUGCUGAGCUUAAUGCCAUCAUGAACAAGAACUCUGCAGAUGUGAAGAACUGUGUCAUGUAUGUGGCUUUAUUUCCAUGCAAUGAAUGUGCUAAGCUCAUUAUACAAGCAGGUAUAAAAGAAGUAAUAUUCAUGUCUGAUAAGUAUCAUGACUCACCAGAAAUGCAAGCAUCCAGACACAUGUUUGACCUCUCUGGAGUCAAAUACAUGAAAUUUGUUCCGAAGCGCAGAAAGAUCGUUAUAGAUUUUGAUUCGAUCAAUACCAGACAGAGUCUGAAACCACUGUAAAAGCUCUCUUUUGCUAAAUUCAGAAAUAAUAUCAAAAUGGCUUUUUCACGUAUAUUAAACCAUAAAAUAUUCUAUAUCUCACACGAUUAUUAUAUAUUUUUUCUCUGUAUAGUUUUAGUAUUACACAGAUUUUACUGAACGUUCUGCUUUUCUUGUAUAUUCGAACUAGCUUAUGUGUUUAUUGAUAAAUUCCUGUGAAUUUUUACUUUUUGGAAAAAACACAUGGAUGUAUCAAUUUCACCAAACAUGCUGUGUUACAUUAAUAUGCUGUAGACUCCUUAUUAAACUGAUGAGAAUCGGCUUAAUUAACCAACUGUUUACUAAAGACUGUUACUGUACGAAGUCCUGGUAUGGAAUAAAUAUACGUUUUCUAGUGCGAGAACAGAAUUCAAACUGAAAUUAGUGGUUUUAAACCAUUUAUGUGCUCUGUUGGCAUCACCUUCACUUUUUUUUCUCUUCUCCAAAUAGUAGUUUUUCAAUUUUCAUAUGGCGGUUUGCU